GCAGCGGUCUGGCGGAGUACACACAUGCCCUGAUCCGUGGAUGGCCUCCGGUGUCUGGCCGCUUGAGCUGCGGGAGCAAAGCCGUCGGUCCGGGCGCAGCUACCUGCUGCAGCGCGGACUCUCGCCGCCCACCAGCAGCCCGCGGGGGGUUGUCGCCUCCGCCGUGACCGUCUCUCGCAGUCGGGCUGGAUGUCGUCGCUUUGAUCGGCGCCUGUUGUUAUUUUCAAAGCCGCUCGGUCCCCGCUGUGUCGGUGAGACCGGCGGAGAGGUGCAGGCUGGCUGCGGGAUCUGGACCCGAGCAGGCGCACUGAAGCGCCGCAGCAGCUCCGGGCUCGGAACCAGAGCCGCAUUGAAGGACCCGCGGAUGAGAUGCCCAAAGCUGGACACAAAAACAAAGGUUUUAAGUCUAGAAGAGAGAGCUGUUGGAUUUCUCGGCUGGAGAGGAUUCGGGUCUGGUGAAAUGUAGCGCCUCGCUGCUCUUGAAGCCAGAUUUGUUGUCUACCCAUGUUUUUCAAGUGUGCGCCUGAAGACCAACAGCUUCUGUCAGCUGUUCCAGGCCGUGUGGGUCCCAGGCUGCAGAGAGAUUAAGCUGUAGUUGGACAUCUGCUGGAGUCAUGUUCAGGAACAGCUUGAAGAUGCUGCUGACGGGGGGGAAGGCCAACCGCAAGAGUCGUGGCAGCGAUGGUGGGAGCGAUGACUUGGCAGACCCCCGCUCACCCGGUCUAGACCCUCAUCUCAGCCACAUCGGCCAAGGUGGCAGCAUAGACAGUGACUGUGCCUUUGAAGGAGACUACGCCGUGCCCCCGCUCUCAAUGACCGAGGGGAUGCAGCACAUUCGCAUAAUGGAGGGCGUGUCACGCUCCCUGCCCUCCUCCCCACUGCUCACACACCAGAACAUCGGUGUUCGGCUGCAGCCGGUGAAGAAGCUCACAGCCCCUCUGCGGAAAGCAAAGUUUGUGGAGAGCCCUCGCAUUCCUCAAUCAGAGCUUGGCUCCCCUAUACACACCUCCACCACUGCCAGGAAUCCAGACCUGGUCUCAUACCGCCCUGGGGAGUCAAGCCAAGAGCUGGGCCCCCCUCCGUCGGUGGAUGAGGCAGCCAACACAUUGAUGACGCGGCUGGGUUUCCUUCUGGGAGACAAAGUGAGCGAGGGUCCGGCCGGUACCCCGUACAGCAUGGAGGAGCCUGAGGCGAGACAGGGCCACAACCAGAGGAUCAGCCCUUGCUCCACCCUGACCAGCAGCACCGCCUCCCCGCCAGCAGGCAGCCCAUGCUCCACCCUCCCCCCUGCCAUGCCCGGCCAGGCUGGCAACAAGGACUGUGCUUACGGCUCCGUCACCAGCCCCACCUCCACGCUGGAGAGCAGAGACAGUGGGAUUAUCGCCACCCUGACCAGCUAUUCUGAGAACAUGGAGCGAGGCGGCAAGUAUGGCGAGGGCUCGCGAGGAAACCUGAAGCUGUGGCAGUCCCAGAAAUCAGGCAUGGACUCGUUCUUGUACAGGGUGGAUGAAAACAUGACAGCGUCCACCUACAGCCUCAACAAAAUCCCCGAGCGCAACCUGGAGAGCAUGUCCUCCCAUUCUGCCCACUCCAUCCCUCUGUACCUCAUGCCCCGCCCCAACUCUGUGGCUGCUACGAGCUCGGCCCACCUGGAGGACCUGGCGUACCUGGAUGAGCAGAGGCACACUCCGUUACGCACCUCGCUGCGCAUGCCGAGGCAGAGCACCACCUGCGGGCCGGGCCGCUCUGGACAGGACCUGAGAGCUUCUGCAAAUAACACCCAUGCCUGGCAAUCGCAGUCACUGCGUUUUGCGCCGUACCGACCUCAAGAUAUUGCUCUGAAGCCUCUGCUGUUCGAGGUGCCCAGCAUCACCAUGGACUCCGUCUUCACGGGCCGCGAGUGGCUCUUCCAGGAGAUCGACGCCCACCUCAACAGCCCCAACGCCAGCACCAACCACGGCGUCGUGAUUGUAGGCAACAUCGGAUUUGGCAAGACGGCAAUCAUCUCCCGCCUGGUGGCACUGAGUUGCCACGGCACCCGUAUGAGGCAGAUCGCCUCCGACAGCCCGCAGGCGUCACCCAAACAUGGAGAGGGGCUCCCUCUCACCCAGCCCCAGCCCACGCACGGCACCCUGGGAGGAGGCAGCUGUCCUGGAACCCCCGAGAUGAGGCGGCGUCAGGAGGAAGCCAUGAGGAGGCUGGCGUCUCAGGUGGUGGCGUACCACUACUGCCAGGCCGAUAACGCCUACACCUGCCUGGUGCCGGAGUUCGUGCACAACGUGGCGGCCCUCCUGUGCCGCUCGCCGCACCUGGUGGCCUACAGGGAGCAGCUGCUGCGGGAGCCGCACCUGCAGAGCAUCCUGAGUCUGCGCUCCUGUGUCCAGGACCCCCUGGCCUCCUUCAGGAAGGGGGUCCUCGAGCCCCUGGAUGCACUUUACAAAGAGAGGAAGAUCAACUCUGAAGAGGACUUCAUCAUCCUCAUCGAUGGCCUCAAUGAAGCCGAAUUCCACAAGCCAGACUACGGAGACACCAUUGUGUCCUUCCUCACCAAAACCAUUAACAAGUUCCCUCCGUGGCUUAAACUGGUGGUGACAGUCAGAACCACAUUACAGGAGAUCACCAACGCGCUGCCGUUUCACCGCAUCUCUCUGGACAGCCUGGAGGAGAACGACGCCAUCGACCAGGACCUGCAGGGCUACAUCCUGCACCGCAUCCACAGCAGCCCGGAGAUCCAGAACAACAUCUCGCUCAACGGCAAGAUGGACAACACCACCUUUGGCAAGCUCAGCGCCCACCUCAAGGCCCUGAGUCAGGGAUCCUACCUGUACCUCAAACUCACCUUUGACCUCAUUGAGAAGGGCUACCUUGUACUCAAAAGCUCCAGCUAUAAGGUGGUCCCCGUAAACCUGGCGGAGGUCUACCUGCUGCAAUGCAACAUGCGUUUCCCCACCCAGUCGUCCUUCGAGCGGGCGCUUCCCCUGCUCAACGUUGCCGUGGCGUCGCUCCAUCCGCUGACGGACGAGCAGAUCUACCAGGCAAUCAACUCUGGCUCACUGCAGGGAACGCUGGACUGGGAAGACUUCCAACAACGUGUAGACAACCUGUCUGUCUUCCUGGUGAAGAGGAGGGACGGCACCAGGAUGUUUGUCCACCCGUCCUUCAGGGAGUGGCUGAUCUGGAGAGAAGAGGGAGAAAAGACCAAGUUCCUCUGUGAUCCGAGGAGCGGACACACCCUACUGGCCUUCUGGUUCUCUCGACAGGAGAACAAGCUGAACAGACAGCAGACUAUUGAGCUGGGCCACCACAUCCUCAAAGCACACAUCUUCAAGGGUCUCAGCAAGAAAGUGGGCGUUUCUUCAUCCAUCUUGCAAGGCCUGUGGGUAUCCUACAGCACUGAGGGCCUUUCUGCUGCACUUUCUUCACUCCGAAACCUCUACACUCCCAACAUCAAGGUGAGCCGGCUUCUGAUGCUGGGCGGUGCAAACGUGAACUACCGCACAGAAGUGCUGAACAACGCCCCCAUCCUUUGUGUCCACGCCCACCUGGGCUACAUGGACAUGGUGGCCCUGCUGCUUGAGUUCGGAGCCUCGGUGGACUCUCAGUCUGAAAGCGGCCUCACGCCGCUCUCCUACGCCGCCGCUGGUGGACAUAUGUCCAUCAUUACUGCGCUUUGUCGCAGGAGAGCAAAGGUGGACCACCUGGAUAAGAACGGCCAGUGCGCUCUGAUUCACGCAGCCCUGAGGGGCCACAUGGACGUGGUCAAGUUCCUCAUCCAGUGUGACUGGAGUGUGGGGUCGCAGCAGCAGCAGUCGCCGCAGAGCCAACAGCAGGCGGCUUUCAGCAAGAACCACGCGGUGCAGCAGGCCCUCAUCGCUGCAGCCAGUAUGGGAUACACAGAGAUCGUGUCCUACCUGCUGGAUCUGCCAGAGAAAGAUGAAGAGGAGGUGGAGCGGGCUCAGAUCAAUAACUUUGACACCCUGUGGGGAGAGACAGCUCUGACUGCAGCCUCUGGUCGGGGGAAGCUGGAGGUGUGUCGCCUGCUGCUGGAGCAGGGCGCGGCUGUGGCUCAGCCCAACAGACGGGGCAUCGUACCGCUCUUCAGCGGCGUCAGACAGGGACACUGGCAGAUUGUAGACCUCCUGCUCACACAUGGAGCAGAUGUCAACCUGGCUGACAAGCAAGGCCGCACCCCUUUAAUGAUGGCCGCCUCAGAGGGACACUUGGGAACAGUUGAAUUUUUACUGGCUCAGGGAGCCUCUCUGUCUCUGAUGGAUAAGGAGGGCCUGACGGCUUUGAGCUGGGCCUGCCUCAAAGGCCACUUACCCGUCGUCCGCUGCCUGGUGGAGAGCGGCGCAGCCACCGACCACGCGGACAAAAACGGACGCACCCCCCUCGACCUGGCAGCUUUCUACGGUGACUCUGAUGUGGUCCAGUUUCUGGUUGACCACGGGGCCAUGAUCGAGCACGUGGACUACAGUGGGAUGCGUCCACUGGACAGGGCAGUGGGCUGCAGAAACACAUCGGUGGUGGUCGCCCUGCUCAAGAAAGGAGCCAAGAUAGGAUGUCAGACGCUGCCCAGUCGACCCCGAGGUCCGGCCACGUGGGCCAUGGCCACCUCCAAACCCGACAUCAUGAUCAUCCUGCUCAGCAAACUCAUCGAGGAGGGGGACAGCUUUUACAAGAAGGGGAAGGUGAAGGAGGCUGCUCAACGUUACCAGUACGCUCUCAAAAAGUUUCCCCGUGAAGGCUUCAGCGAGGACCUCAAGACAUUCAGGGAACUGAAAGUAUCGCUCUUCCUCAACCUGUCCCGAUGUCGGAGGAAAAUGAAUGACUUUGGGAUGGCUGAAGAAUUUGCUACUAAGGCACUUGAGCUGAAACCAAAAUCAUAUGAGGCAUAUUAUGCCAGGGCACGCGCCAAACGUAGCAGCAGACAAUUCCCUGAAGCCUUAGAGGACUUGAAUGAAGCCAUAAAGCAGUGCCCCAACAACAGGGAGAUCCAGCGGCUGCUGCAGCGGGUGGAGGACGAAUGUCGGCAGCUGAGCCGGGAGGAGCAGCAGCAGCAGGAGCUGGAGCUGGAGCCUCCGCCCUCCCCUCCUCCUACACCUCCCCCAGAAGAGGAGGAAAGCCUGUCCAUGCCUCUCCCCCUCCCCCCUCCGCCAGAGCCCCGCCUGGAGGACAUGGAGCCCGUCCAGGACCUGUUUGAGGACGAGGACUACCUGGAGCAGGAGCUGGAGGCCAUGUCCAUGUGCCUGCCCCCCCCUGACUCUCUCUCUAAUCCCUCCAGUCUUCCUAUCAUCCAGAGCCCGCCGUUGUCCCCCACACAGCCGGAGCAGCUGUACCUGGUUGGGGGCUCCCCCAUGGGCCAGCCCUAUGAAUACCUCCCCACCUCCUCCUCCAUGUCCUCCCCGACGCGCGGCUCGUACCAGCCCACCUCGCCGUCUCUCUCCCCAACACACCAGAACUCUCACUACCGCCACAGCCCCCCUCACACCUCCCCGGUGCAUCAGCCCUCCUACCGCUUCAGCCCCCCCCCCAUGGGCACCGGGGGGCAGGGGAUGGACCACCAGAGCCCUCCGCCGUCCCCUCUACGCCGGGCUGCUCAGUACAGAGCCAGCCCACCCAUCGAAGGCGUCUGCUUGUACAGGUCCCAGUCUGGCUCUCCGGUCCGCUACCAGUCGGAGCAGCUCCCCGGACGGCCCAAGUCCCCGCUCUCCAAGAUGAGCAGCCAGCGCUCCUUCCAGCUCAGCUCGCAGCCGUCUCUGUCCUCCCACCACCACCAGGCGCAGGGCCUCCGCCUCCAGCCCUCCAUAGCCCAGAUAGUCCGCACCAACCAGCCCGGCAGCGUCAUGGGCAACAGCAGCUUCGGCAGCCAGAUGGGUCACUCCAUCGGGGGGCGCUACCAAGGGGGCUCGGUGGACGUGGAGAGCCGGCUGGUGUACCAGCCGUCCCUGGACGGGCGCUCCAUGCCCCAGGUCCAAGCCAGCCUCAGCUCUGGGGCCCUCUGUCAGCACGGGGGCCGAGGAGGGGUCAUGGAGUCCAACCUGCUGAAGGAAGAGCUACCCCAGCGCCCCUCCUCUGCCUACCGCGCCAGCAGCGGGGGCCCAGGGGGCGUCCGCUACAGCCAGACGCCUCAGAUCAGCCGCAGCCAGUCGGCCGCCUACUACCCGGUCUCUGAACACGUGCUGGAGCGGGCCAACGCGCUGCCCCCCUGCCAGCUGGGCUCUCCUGAGAUCCCCCACAUGGUGAGACGCCCCGUGAGUGCCAACACGACUGAGCUGAAGCAGCACGUGCCCACCCCCCGGCCGCUCAUCCACUCUCAGAGCGUCGGCCUGCGAUUCUCCCCCUCCAGCAACAACAUUUCAACCGGCUCCACCGCCAACCUGGGGCCCGGCUUCAGACCUUCCUCCUCCAUCCAGCAGAUGGAGAUCCCCUUGCAACCGGCGUACGAGCGCAGCUGUGACGACAUCUCGCCCAUCUCCCCCUCCCAGGGCGGGGGGCUGUAUCAGGGCGAGACCAGCCGCUCACGCAACACCCCCUUCAUGGGCAUCAUAGACAAGACAGCGCGGACUCAGCAGUACCUGCACCAGCCGUCGCGGUCCAGGGCCAUGACGUCCAUGGACUCGGCCAUCAGCCCCACGUCGCCCGGGCAGCUGGGGCAGCAGGGCUCCACCUACAGCCCCCCGGCCUCCCUGGGCAACAUCGCCUACUACAACAAGACCAACAACGCCCAGAACGGGCACCUGUUGGAGGAGGACUACUACUCCCAAACCCCCCCCCCCUCCCUGGGGAAGCUGACCAACGGCUCCCGCGGCAGCGGCGACAUCCUGGAGCGGGUAAGUCAGGUGCCCACGUACACAGACGUGAAGGUGGCGAGGACUCUCCCUGUGGCGCAGGCCUAUCAGGACAACAUGUACCGCCAGCUCUCACGCGACUCCCGGACCCAAGGCCCCACCUCCCCCAUCAAACCAAAGAGACCUUUUGUGGAGUCGAAUGUGUGAUUGGAUGGCUGGACUGGGACUGUAAGUGGAAGAGAGCGCGGAAAAAUAUUUAUCUCAACAGCAAAAGUGACAUGUGAUCUGUGUAUGCGUCAUGGACUAAACACCAUCCUGAAGAGACUCACGAGAGAUGAAUCCGGUCAGAGGACAAACAAACAACUGGAUCUUACAUUUAGGAUACUAAGACACGACCUAUUGUGAAAAAACAUAGUUACCAUUAAAGCGAUACUCCAUCAUCAUAACAUGCACACAGGCCGAAUGACAGAAGGGUUCUGAGUUCUGAUCUCAUUCCUCAUCAAAGACCCGUGCACUUCCAAAAUGUCACAUGGCACAAAGUUUUCUUAUGUGACGGCAACAGAUGGGACUGUAAGAAUGACAGUGCUACUCAUCACACUCUACUUGUGGACUCUGUAUCCAUCCUCUGUUCCUUCAAAGUGUGCUCUUAACCAAGGUUGCUAGUAGGCUCUAAUCUAUGAAAUACAAUAUAUCUGUUCAAUACUGUACAUUGCUCAGAAAAUAACAAAUGGUUCAACAACUCAGUGCUUAUAGAAAAAUGACAAUAUUUAUAAUGAAGUUAUAUAUUGUACAUAGAAAUGAAAGCAAAACAUAGUUUGCAUUUUGAAUUUUAUUCUGUUAACCCCGCCUCUGUCUCACUGCUAACACAUGGAUAACUGACUAGUGAAAGGAACGAGGGACACAGCCAAACUUUGAUGGCAUCAUUACCUCUACUGUGUCGAAAUAAAUUAAACAAAAAAGAGAGACUUAAGUGUCACGUAAUGCAAGAGAUUGCAGUAGUCUCCAGGCUGCUUUUUGAAAGAGUAGUGUUUUUUUUUUUUUUAUUGUUGUUUUUUUACCUCUGUAAAAUGUCUGGAAAUGUUGUCACAUGCCUCAUUUAAUUUCAGCUUCCUCUGUAACAUUUGUUUAAUUAAGCAUCCAGAAAUCAAAUCUUUGUUUUUUUCUGCGGUGACAGAAAACUGAAAUACAGCAAAAAUAUUACACUGGAGAGACUAGAAAAUGUAAUUUAUUCUCAAAAAUUAGUCGAUCACUAUAGUUUUAUGCUCAAUUAAAGGGGACAUAUUAUGAAAAACUAUUCACUUUUUUGCUUGCGAGCAGGUGUUUGGGUGUCUGAAUUUAUUAACAACUGAAAAACUGAGAAAAAAGCACAACGAUGUUAGUUUUAGUUUUUUUUUUAGUUUUUUUUAAAGCGGAUCGUUUAGGUUUGAAAAUUUGUCACUCACGAAAAUAUGAGUCGCUCAGAUUUGCAGGAUGUCUUUAAUGCCACAUUCUUGAUCGGAGCAGAAUUGUCUGGACUCUUCAAAUUGAUCUCCAUCCAACAUCAAAUUAAAGUGAUGCUCCUUUUGUUGCACCUUGGAAGUGGGAGUUGAAACUUUUUUUUUUGUUUCUCACUUUUUGCUUUGCUGUUAAAUGCAAAUAUUCGUCUGCAGUUAUAUCAUUUACUUAACUUUAAAAAGAAGUAAUAUAAAGACACCCUUGAGGUACAUUGUUUUUUUUUAUAGCUUUAUGUCCCUUAUAGGAAAGCCGGUUUCUGAUCGGUUUUAUUUUUUUCCCCAUUCAAAAGAGAACAGAACUCUGAUUUCCCAGAUGUCUUUGGAUGCAUCAUGAGUAGCAACAGGAAAAAUACAGACGUAAAUAUGAAAAAAUCGUGGAAAAACAAUGCCCAUAUAAGCAACACUUUUUAAAAUUGUCCUCUGAAAACACACAGAGGAAGGAGUCAAUACUUGAGCCUAAUCUUAAUCGAUCUGAUUUUGAAGGAGUUUAUUGCUCGCCCUGGCUCGCUGGUGCGUUACUUCAGUCUUCCCAUCCGCAGUGUUUUAACAACGUUGGCUCGACUGGGGACAAAACUGCGCCUAAAAGAGGAAUUAGUAACAGCUAUCCGUGCACAAACUGCCAUCUGAGAAUAAAAUAGCCGGUUUAGUAUUUAUACAUGAGUUUAAUUGGUGUCAGUUUGAACUCAGGUUGCUGUGCGAGCUGCUGAGUCCUCGGGCUCAUUACUGCAGGCUCUGUAAUUACAUCCUUGAGGGUUACUGCAGAAAAUUUGCUUUCCAAAAAGCUGCACUGCCAAUCCCAAGAAAAUAAAACCCAGAUAAAAGCAGCUGCCGAGAGGCUGUGGUGGAACAACUGUGGUAUUUUGACCAAAGCAUGUCACAGACAUUGUAUAAGAUCUCAUGAAAUUGUGUCAACUUGUGAAGAAAGGCAUAAUAUGUCUCCUUUAGUAAACACUUGUAUGUAGAUUGACAUCUUACUAAGAAUAUCAAACUGUCUAUGCCCCUUAUAAAAUUCUUCAUCAAAACCUGCAACUGUGUGAAUCUGAUCCUUCUGCAAACCGGUCACUUUGCCAAAUUUCUGAAGUAUUGACGUCACACGUGUGUAAAUUAAGUUGGAUUAAGUUGGUCGCCGGGUCGUGAAGGUCCCAUCGAGUCUGUCAGUCAGAAAACUUCUUUAAAUAUCUGAUAAAAACGGACAAACAAAUGUGUUAGAAAAAAGAAAUGAGCCUUCAGUGUUAUAAAUCUGUUUUAAGGCUUGAAUCUGUGGCUAAAACAUUUUAAAUCUGAUGCUGUUAAUAGAAAAACCCUGUAGCGUGAGAUAUGAGUGUCAGAGUUUGCCUUUGUCCCUCCCUGCAACAGUGAUGUUAGUGCUCAGCAGCAAGCAAAUGCAUACACAACCCUUGUUUGACCUUUACCUUUCCUCUGCAUUAUCUUUAUGUUUUUCUUACCCACAAUACACUUCUGCAUUAUCUUUAUGUUCUUCUUACCCACAAUACACUUCUGAUUUAAAGAAUGCCUGUUAACGUUCUUAACUAAGGGUGCACUUUAUAUAUUUUACUUACCUGGUUGCUCUGAUCGGUAACAUUCGGGGGUAAUGGGUGUGUGAUGAGCCGGAUGAUGUGAGGAUGUUAUUAAAUGAUUCUCAGCGCAGUGACGAAUGAAAACAAUGUUUUUUCAACCGGCAAACAGACUUUCUAGCACCAGCUGUAUCCACCGGCUCAGAUAUACCACGUGGUCCAGUCAUGCUCUGCAUCAUUUAAAGUAUCCGUUGAGUCGCCAUCAGCCGGUCUAAGGCACUGGUCCUGCACACAUCUUGAAAAUAAGUUGAAUCUACUGUAAGAACCAAAAAAAAAAGAAUAAGAAAAAAAAAACAGAAAUUUUAGUAUCCAAACGCUCCAAAUGUGGAGUUUGUGUCAUAGAAAUAAUGGGAAUAUUCACGUUAUUUGUAUAUGUGGAGAGGGUUAUGGACCAUUUGUCUGUAACAUUUAUUUUGGAUGUCUGAUGAAGAAUAUCUAAAGAUCAUUCUCAGUUCUGACCUGCUACCAGAGACGCCCUACUUAUCCUUACAGAAAUGAAGGUGUAUCAUAUUUAAUUUAAACGGGACUUUUUAAGCUGAGGGUGUCUGAGGGUGGACGGCUCUGAACCGUCUGUGUAUAUUAGUUUGCUGUAAAUAGUCUGAUGCAUGUUCUGUUCUUUCCAUGAGCUCAAGCAGAAACUUGUAUAGCGAUGUCUCUGGUGUGUGAUGCAACUGUUGGAAAUGCAAUGAGGAAACUUCCUGCUGUCCCUGAACUGUCCUUAUCAUUUCCCUCCUACCCCACCAGACUGAAGGGUCUUUAAUUUUAUUUUAGUGUAUUUGCUUACUGAGCAGAGUUCUCUUGUCUGUAAAUGUGAGCUUUCAGAUCGCUGUGAUAAAGUUUCAUUAAAAACAAUAAAAAAUAAUGUGUUUUUAUCUCAAAACUGAUUGUAAUAUGUACAGUCAAACCUAUGUAUUGAGGGGGAGGAGAACAUAUUUAUA